AGACCGGGACAGUUAUCCCGGAAUAAGAUAGCAUGCAUGUACAGCUGCCCCGGAUCUAGUUUUCCCGUAGCUGCGGCGUCCCCAUUUGACAAGCCUGUAUUAGAUCGUAGAUGUCUCGCUUUAGGAGAAGAAGGCUAGCACGUACUUUGAGGACGUGCACUUUUGAUAUACGAUAAUCUCCAGCGAGCGAAAGGAUGGACCCUCGUUGCAAGAGGCACGAGCGGGGCAGCAACUGGACCGACCAAGAGAUUGUGGAGCUGCUGCAGCUGUGGUCAGACGAGUCCAUUCAGAUAGAACUGGAAAGCUCAUUGCGCAACCAGCGUGUGUUUGACCGCAUCGCACUCAUUCUGCGUGAAAAGGGCAUGUACCGCACAGGUGAUCAGUGCAGAGAGAAGAUUAAAAAAAUGAAGUUGGAGUAUCGUCGUAUUAAAGAGAACCACAAACUGAGAUCUUGGAAAUUCUACGACGUGAUGGAUCGGGUUUUGGCAAACCGACCGGCGAUCACAUACUCCACUCAGGGUGGAACAUUUGUCGCGCAGCAAUUUUUUCAGAGUCCAGAUGGAAGUGACUCAUUUUUACAGGGGAAUUCUUCACUAGGCUCUUUUGGUCCAACUUCUUCGGGUGGGUUUCUGUUUGGUCAGCCCCCUAAAACUCAAAAUCCACUGGAUGUCAAAUGUGAGCAAGUGAAAGAAAUUCUCUCAAACGCUCAUGUAGCACGACCAGAUCUAUGUUACAGAUCAGGAGAUGAACAGGAAACAGAUGGACAAUCUUUUCUUGGAACAGAGGAUACACUCGAUCAAGGAGACAAUUCCGCUCAUUCAAGAAUUACCCCCUCAGAUUCAGCUGACCUGAACGUUGAUGCGUCUGCUUCCCAUUUAGGCACUGUUCCUGUGCCACAUGACGCAUCUAGGGAGGGCCUCCGUCCCCUGGCUGCCUUAAAACAGAGGAGACGUCGUAAGGCAAAGGCAGGGAAAAGCCCGUGUGGCCACGGAAAUGGAAAGUGUUGCAGCCAGGGGCCUCUUAACAAAGCUCUUGCCAGCGUCCUCAUGUGGCAGCGGUGUGCUGAAGAUCGCCUCCUCUCCUGGGAGGAAGCACGACUAGAGAAGGAGUUGCAAGCUGAUGAGCGCAGACAGCAGCAAGAAGAGAGAAGAAUGGAAAAGGAGCACCAGCAUGAGCUGCACCUGUUCAGCAUGCUUACGGGGGCGUUAACUGCCAUUAGGCAGGGUGCUGUGACCACACAAACAGUACCCACUAACAUCCCCGUUCCUCCGCUAGAUCAUCCGUCAGCUGUACUGGCGACAUCAACUGCUUCCUCUGCGCCAUCUCAAACAUAUACACAGACUCCCAUUGCACACUCUGUUUCCACUAAGGGGACAAUAAAGCCGGAGCCACAACCAUCAGGCAGGGCCUGCACAACAGCCGAGAGUGCUUUGGCAACUCCGAGAGGUGUCAAGUCUCCUGAGGCCAGCGUGUAUCUGUCCAAUCGUGGGAACAGUAUUCGACAGCAUCAAGGCAUCCUCCAGGAAGGCUUUGCUCAAUAUAGAGAAAACAAAUAUGACAUUGACAACCCUAAUGGUGUCAUCAAUAUGGGAACGAGCGAGAACAAGCUCUGCUACGAUCUUCUUCAUAAAAGGUUGACCCAAUCUGACAUGCUACAUGUUGACCCAGCACUGUUACAGUAUGGUGAUUGGAGGGGACAUGCAUUCCUGAGAGAAGUGGUCGCAGAGUUUCUAACUCACUACUGCUGUUCUCCAAAGCUAUUGAAAGCUGAAAAUGUUGUGGCGAUGAAUGGAUGUAGUGCUCUCUUUUCGUGCAUUGCAGCAGUCAUUUGUGACCCAAAAGAUGCCAUUCUAAUUCCAAGCCCUUUCUACGGUGUUAUUACUGAGGACCUGCAGUUGUACAGUGACGUCAAGUUGUUUCAUGUCCCACUCCAAUGUGAGGAUGGUAAUAAUGAUGGUCGACAUUUUCAUCUCACCGUGAGCAAACUGGAGGAAGCUAUAAAAAGGGCGAAGCAAGAGGGGGUUAUCAUUCGGGCUCUUAUACUAAUGAACCCGCACAAUCCUCUUGCUGAGAUCUACACCCCAAAGGAGAUGCUUUCCUUCUUGGAAUUUGCUAAAAGAAAUGAGAUCCAUGCCAUCAUAGAUGAAGUGUACAUGCUGACAGUGUUUGAUGAGUCAGUAACAUUUCACAGUGUCCUCAGUCUGGAAAGUUUGCCCGACCCACAGAGGACACAUAUAAUGUGGGGGCUGAGCAAGGACUUUGCAAUGGCUGGAAACAGAUUAGGGACUCUUUAUACUGAGAAUCAAGACAUUGUGGAGGCUUUGGCCCAAUUGGGCUCAUUCCAUGGUAUAUCUGGGAUAACUCAGCACCAGGUUGCACAACUUCUUCAGGACAGAGAUUGGAUAAGCAAGGAGUUUUUGCCUGAGAACCGACGCAGAUUGAAAGCUGCUCGCUGCUACCUGACAAAUGAGUUGCAGAAAAUGGAUAUUCAAUACCUGGACAGGCCUGCUGCUUUGUAUGUCUGGGCUGACUUCAGGAAGUUUCUCAGGGCCCCUUCAUUUGAGGAGGAGUUGCGGAUGUGGCGGUGCUUCCUCAAACACAACGUUGUAUUGAGCUGCGGGCAAGCCUUCUCCUGCUCCACACCUGGCUGGUUUCGCAUCGUAUUUGCCGACCAUCAGCACUACCUUCAACUUGGGUUGAAAAGAAUUGGAGAGGCCUUAAAAGAAAUCAAAGAAAGCAGUAUGGACAGGGAUUCCUUCAUUGUCAAAGAAGGCAGUGAGGAGAACAAGAGAUCAGUGAAAGAGGACAGUGGUACUUCAGACAAUGCCACAAUUGAAAAUUCAACAUCAUCCCCCCAGAGCAAGUCAUCAGACCAGCUAAAGAAAAAGGAGAGUUCUGUUCCUGACACAAACUGGCUCGCCCCUGAUGAGUUUGUCUUGCUGGACUGCCAAGCCUCUAAGCCUGUAGAGAGCCUGGACUCUCUGAUUGGUACACUCAAGCAUCAAAUCCGCUCUUCUGAUUGGUUGGAAAAGAACACGCCAGAGCGGUCUGCAGAGGAAGACCCAGAGAUUCUUGAUGUGUUCCAAAGCCUGUUGGCACGAGCCAGAAAGUGAAGUUACGGAUAAACAGGCAACGAUAUGGCUGCCAAUUUACAAUGGGCAGCACUGAAUAAUCCCUCUUGUGACUGACUUUAUGGCAAAACCAGUUAAUUUUCUGUUGGUUUUCUUCAUAUCUGUAAUCAAGAGUUUAAUGUUGAUGGGUGAUUAAUUUCACAUUCCAGUCCAUCUAUAAUCAAGAUAUUUAUAAGCUGAAUUAAAUGCCAAAUGUAAUUAAACCAAAACAACUCGCAACGUU